AUGGUCUCCGCCAUUCGCGAAUUCAUCGAAGAGUGCGUCUCCAUCUUCCGCUGCGUCCACAUUACUACCGACGCCCCGAGACAGCGCGCCAUGUCUCUGCCCAUGAUCCACUAUCAAUACCCGCCGGGGUCAACGUUGGCUAGAUGCAAGUCUUUCAACGAGCUCACACCCCAGCGGGACCCAACACAGCUUCGUCCAAGAAACAUAUCCACGGAGGCCGUGGUAGAUGCGGAAUAUGCAAUGGAGGCGAAAUCUGUAAUCGCGACGGAGGCCGACAUCAAAGCUUCGGCUAAUCUGCCUUACGAUCCCCUUGCCCUGCACCCCGUCUUUUUCAACGUUGACAACCCAGACCCCGAAGACGCUGAAGCUUCGGCCUCCUCGCCUCUAAUACAAGGCGUAGAGAACAACGGGGACUUUCACGAACGCUCGUUCCGCAUGCGCAUGGUAAGAAAUAGCGCCAUCUUGGUCCCUACGUAUCUGCCGCCUCCUCGCCGUCUGCUGUCCUCGCCUCUUUGCUCGAUUGAAGAAGAGGACGAGCCUAGGAACUAUCUUCGUGGCAUGACUGGUCGAGAGCGUCUUGACUAA